AUGCAUCGUUUGUUUGGACGUCCCAAAUAUAAUACCGUGAUUCCUGAUGAUUUAUAUGGGGGUUUAUCUCAAGAACGACAAGCGGAUACUAACACAGAAUCUUUUGAAGCCCAGGCUGUUCAACUUUCAAAUACUUGUUGCUUGUGUUCAGACUGUGCUGUGCUUGAUACAGGCAAAGAAAACCAUAAUGAUCAAGCCUCCAACUUAGUUUCAGAGAGAAAAAGUCCGGUAAAAGUUUUUGAAUCAAAUGAGUGUAGCAUUGAAACGGUUCCUAAUGAAAAGCCUAUAAUUUCAAACAAUCCUACAUCUAAAUCAGUCCCAAUUUCUUUCCCAGAAAUUCAAAUCUCUAAUUACGCUCUGCCAACACACCCCAGUGCUUUAGCUCUACCCAUGGCUGCAACUUCUGCUCCAGUCAAAACGCUAUCCAUUUCACCACCAGUAUCACCAACUUCAUCGACAGGCUUUCCAUUUGGAUCAUUGUAUUAUGACCCACAUACAGGAAACAUUAGCUCUGCUGAAAAACCUCAUAUCUUGUCUUUUUCAUCAUCUGAAGAAAUCUCAUUACAAGAUAAUUUAAAAAAAUUAGAUUCCGGAGCCUCUAAAAAUAUUUACUUAACUUCUCACGUUACUCGACUUCCUAUUACCAUGUCUGUUGUUCCACCCUUUGCAACAGCCCCAGUUUCCAUUUUUCCUGGUGCUGUAACUGCAGCCACUGCGGUCUCACCUUUAUCUUUGUCUUCAUCUCCUUAUUGCUCUUCCUUUUUUAUCAAGCCCACCCACCGAAAACCAGCAAUGGUUGCAGCUCCGCUUCUUCCUCGUUCCCCCAGAAGGGUCGCUAAAUAUUACUCUGCGGUUACGCGCAAACCUCCAUCAUCUCAAGCAAUUAAUCAAUACCAAUCUCAAAAAACAAUAUCUACCACAAGUACCCAAAACAUUAACAGAUCUUUAGGUUUAUCUCAUGUUACUGAUGUAGCUCCUCCAGACUUGAAACAAUUGGGCGCGGCAACAGAAACUGCUGAUUGGUCGGAAAACGAAUGCCGCAGCAAAGUAUUGGAAAUUUAUUCUGCGUAUCUGCAGGGCUUGCAAAGUGCGGAAAUCUCCAACGAGUUUUUCAAUGUCACCAAAAGGGAUUCUGAAGUUGGUAGUAACAACAGUCUUAAGAAUGGUGCUUUGUCUUUUGAUAUAGCACUAGUAGUAGACCCAACAGUGGGUGAAGAUGCCGAAUCAAGUAAAAUUGGCACAUAUGUUGAAGGGCAAGACAAAAGAGAAGGUAAUAAUGAAAGCAAAGAAGAAGAAGGAGAAGAGACUGUUGGGCCAGAACAAGAGGAAACAAUAGAAGGAGUGCAAAGCAUGCCUGAGCCGCACGUUUGUAUUGCCGAAUGGGGUGAUGUGGGCAGAGUAUGCGGCCUGCAGAAUGAUUUACAUGAAGAACAAGAAGAAGACCAAGAAACGAGUGAAGAAGAAGUUGAAGUUGUAAAUGUGGAAAAAUCACAAGAGGUGGGAAUUUGUGCUUCAGCUAUUUUGAGUGCUCGAAUCUAUGAUCUUGAACGAGAGUUUGGAACAAAUUUUAGUAAUGUGGCUAUAGAAGCAAUCUCCAAUAGUCCUCUCGAUUUGUUAGUUUGUCCUUGGACCCCAUCCCAAAAAAGAGAAGAAAGUGCAUCUGUGUCUAAAACUUUGGUUGGAGGGGAAAAGGGAGAGAAAGAGAAAGAGAGUAAUUACCAGCUUGAAUGGUUUAAUUGGAGAAGCAAGUUCUCUAGGAAAAAGAUUGGAGAGCAAGAACUUGAACCAUUAAAAGACCCUUGGACCUCUCAACAAGAAAACAAAGAUGCAAAAAAUGAAAAGGAAGGGCCAAUAGUUUGGAAACAAGAAGAGAACAAUAUUAAAGAAAUAAAUCUUUCUUUCACAGAUGUUUUAUCCUUUCCUAAAACAUCACCUGUUUGUUCUCCACUCAACACACAUAAACCUUAUGUGCGUCCACCUUCUUCUUAUUGUCGUCGAGAAAAUAUUUGGCAAAAUAAUGCGGAUCCACCUGACGACAGUUUUAACUGUGAGACUUUCAAAGAGUUUCCUCCUGAAGAGUGCUUGUCCAGCGAUGUCUUAGGCUAUUCGCUUGUAUCAUGGUUUGAAUCUUCUGGGCCAGAAGAAAUUGCGAGUUCCACACAUGCUUUUUCAAAUGAAAAAUCAUAUUAUACUGCUCCAAUACGCCCAUUUACCAAGGAUUUAUCGCCCAAUGUGUGGGAACAAGAAACAAGUGAAAAAAAAAGUGAAGAAAAAGAGAAUGAUAAUAAUAAGUUUGAAUAUGAAUAUGAUGAAGAUGAACAAAACAAAAGGUUUGAAUUAUUCCGGGAAAAAAAUAACGAGGGAUCUGCAGGGUCUUUAGAAAACGAUUUUUUUAAGAUUCAUUCAUCCGCCAUGAGUUCACCAGUUAAUAAUUCCUUUAACACCAGCAUUUUAGCGUCCAAACUCUGUUCGCCUAGCUACGAUUCUGGGAAUGUGCUGAUUUUAAACCAAUUCCAUGCACGGUUAAAAGACCUGCAACGUUCUUUUUCUGGACUGGAUCUAGAAGACUCUUCAAUUGAAAAAGAAUGCGGAUCAGUAGGCCAAGAAAUGGUCUUGUUGGAUGAAGACUCGAUUGAAUAUAUAACGUCUGCAUUAUUGCAUUUUGACAAGAAUAAUUUUUGCAAUGAAGAAGACCAGCUAAAUGGCGACCAAAAACAAUUAGUGGGGAAGGUUGAAACAUCUCCAAAUACUGUUCCAGAAAAAAAUGAAGCGAUAACAGGGCCAGUUCAAGCACCAUUAUCGACCUCUUCCUCGGCAUCAUCUUCCUGUUCUCUUGUAUCAUAUUCUUAUCCACAAUCAUGCUCAAUUACAUCCCCUCUUUCACCCCCGACUAACGGAGCUCCAUCAGCACAAACUUUACGGAGAUUGUCUCUGUUUACCAAAGACAGUGAGGAUUCCAAAUUUCCACUUUCACGUUCAACAGUUUCUUCGUUGUCUUCAUCUUCGUCUUCGUCUUCGUCUUCUUCUUCUUCUUCGGCCGCAACUCGGAUUGAAGCACGGGAUGACAAGUUUGUCAAUGUAAUUUGUCAAACUCCAAUUGUUUGCAAAAAAGCAACAAUUUUAGAUUUCGAUACGUCUACUUUAGAGAAAAAAAAAACACAAAUUGAAGAAGUAAAAGGCGGUUAUUUCUUAUCAUUUCCGUGUCCUGAAACCACUACAACAAGUGCCGUUCGCCCUCCUAAUCGAGUAGCUAAAUUUGCACCGGCGGAAAUUAUGCAAGCUGAAUCUGUAAGUGUGUUGCUUCGAGCUAAUUCAAAUUGUGUUGGACCUGAUGCUUGGAAAAGAGAUUAUUCCAAAGGGAAAACACCCCCAUCAAGUGCCAUUUUACCUGAGAUGGUUGAUUGGAAAUGGAAGCAAGAUUUGGCUUUAAGUAACCGGCUAAAUCCCGGUGAGAUGGCUGUACUUUUGGGUCUAGAUGCAACAAAACGCAACUUUAGGUAG